AUGCGAACAUUCUUAAACGAAAUAGAGGACCUUAUUAACGAAGGAGAGGUGAAGAGAAACUUUAACGAGGCGGAAGAAUUGAUGGGAAACACGUGCAGAGAGUUAAUCGAGAAAAAAGAAAAAAUCAACAACUCCCCAAUUCACGAAAAAAUAAAGUUAUUUCUCGAGGAAGUCAAUUUUAUUAAUUACGCACUUGACGAAUAUGCCAAGGAGAACCAACGUAGAAAAGAAAUUUUAGACAGGGAAAAGGAACAACUAGGUGAGCUUCCAUCCCAUGGAGAGUACUUCCCCUCCAAGGAGCAGGACGAAAUUUUGGACGAUGUAAUUUUUUGGGAAUUAGGCUUGAAGGAGACCUCCCCAGCUGUGGACAACGCCAAAAAACUGCUACUACUAAUUAGCGAGAAUUUUGAAAAAAUCGAGAACAAGGAAUUCGUACUAACCACGGAAAAGGCUCUGGACAUACGAAUCGAUGAUUUUCGGAGGAACGAAAUAAGUGCAGAUUAUUUUUCCAAGAAGAUAUGCCAGAUACAUGCGGAUACGGUGAACCAACUGGCACGUGAAGUAGAAGAGAAGGAGAAGAACGCCUUGACGAUGUGCCAGGAAAACACUUCAAAGGAUGGCUCAGAAACAAAUCCAAAUGACGAACCUUCCAAGGUGAAUUUAACUGUGGUAUCAUCCAUGGAGGAAAACCCCGCUGGAGCAGGCACAGAAGGGGGAGCACUCUCCAAUGUUUUCCUCCCUCUAAAUGAAAAGUCAGGAGAGGCAAACUGUACAGCGCACACAUCCAACCCGGAGGAAAGAAACCCCCGGCGGAAAAAUCGAAAUGAGCAGAAAAUGGUCCAUUCGAAUUUCUUCCACAAAAAAAAGAUGAAGCUCAUGGAGCGUUGGCAGAAGGUGGCCGAAGAAUCCAGGCUGAUGAAGGACUCUGACUCCAGUUGUUAA